UCAAAAUGAAGGCGCUGGUGUCUGCGUGCUGCUUGCUGUCUCUGCUGGCCCUGUCUGCUGCAGAUCUCCUGACAGGAGCCUCCAUCCAUGAUGAGUCCCUGGUGCAUCUGCAUCUCCAGCAGCCAGAGGGAGACCUCUUCUCCUGUGGCUGUGACACAACGGAGGAGCACUCUAGCCAGAGCUCCUCCAAUGACACUCCGGCCCCGGAGAGGGCCAUGUGUCAGCCCUGCUCACCACCACCAGUUUUAGGCAACAAAGAAGAGGAGCCAACCUCCACUCCAGAGCAUGAAGAGGAGGAGGAAGCAGCUUCCAUCGAGGAGGUGGCAAGUGCUGUAGAAGAUGAGCAGGAAGAGGCAUCUCCUCAGGAAAGGGUAGAAGAGGAAGAGAAAGAGGUGGUGUCUAAGGAAGCAGCUGAGGAAGAGCAAGAGGAGGCUGAGUCAUCGGAGGAUCAAAGUGUGGAGCAGAAGAAAGAAGCAGAGCCUGCGUCCUCUGAAGAAGUGGAUGAGAUAACAAUGGAAGGAGAGGAUGAAGCAGAGGAUGAAUUGUCUCACGAAGGCGUGGAAGCAACAGAACCUCAGGGAGAAGUUGCAAAAGAAGAGGAGGAAGCUGCUGCUGAAGAAACAGAGACACAGGAGGAAACAGAGGCAGCAGCUGAGGAGGAAGAGGAGGAGAAAGGAAUGGAAACUGUUGAUGACGCCGUGGAUGAGGAAGCCGUUGCUGGGGACACAGUCAAGGAAAAGGAAGAAGUCGAGACUGUCCUGGAUGCAGCCGAGGAGGAGGAAGCAGUUGCUGGGGAUGCAGUCGAGGAAGAGGAAGGAGUAGAGACUGUCCUGGAUGCAGCCGAGGAGGAGGAAGCAGCUGCUGGGGACGCAGUCGAGGAAGAGGAAGGAGUGGAAAGUGUCCUGGAUGAAGCCAUGGAGAAGGAAGCAGUUGCUGGGGAUGAAGUCGAGGAAGAGGAAGGAGUGGAGAAUGUCCUGGAUGCAGCCGAGAAGGAGGAAGCAGUUGCUGGGGAUGCAGUCGAGGAAGAGGAAGGAGUAGAAAGCGUCCUGGAUGAGGUUGCGGAGGAAGAAGCUGCUGGAGAUGCAGCCGAGGAGGUCGCAGAGGAAGAAGCUGAACCCCAGGCAGAACCACAGGAGGUUGUCGCAGCAGAUUCUGUACCUGAGGAAACGGAACCAGAAAUCGCAGCAGAACCCGAGGCUGAACCUGAAGUAACUUCAGAGCCUGAGAUCGAGGUGGUUUCGGCGUCUGAACCAGAACCAGAGGUGAUUCCUGAAGUAAAGCCAGAGCCUGUCGUGGAGGAGGUUGCACCAGAACCUGUUGUGGAAGAAGCUGUGGCGGAUGUCCCAGUGGAAUCCACAGAGGAGGAGGCUCCUGUUGUAGAAGAGGCACCUGCUGCUGAUGUUGUUGUUGAGGAGGAGAGAGGCACUACCAAAGGAAAAGAAGCAAAUGGGGCAACGGGCCGGACGUGGAGGGACCGCUCCCACAUUGAGGACACACUGAAACUGGGCACUAAUGAACCCUCAGCCAAGUUCUCAGCUGCCAUGAAGAAGCUGCUGGACAUCUACCACACGGCCAUCAAGCCAAUGGAGCAGGCCUACAAGUACAACGAGCUCAGGCAGCAUGAAGUCACAGAUGGUGAGAUCCCCUCUAAGCCCAUGGUUUUGUUUUUGGGACCCUGGAGUGUCGGCAAAUCCUCCAUGAUCAACUACCUGCUGGGUCUUCACGGCACCUCCCAGGAACUCUACACAGGCGCUGAACCCACCACCUCUGAGUACACCGUCAUAACGCAUGGUGAGAAGUUUCGGUCCGUAGAGGGCAUCGUGAUGGCAGCGGACAGCUCACGGUCCUUCUCGCCCCUGGAGAGGUUCGGGCAAGGCUUCCUGGAGCGGCUGGUGGGCGUCGAGAUGCCCCACAAGCUGCUGGAGCGGGUCACCUUCGUGGACACUCCCGGCAUCAUUGAGAACCGAAAGCAGCAGGAAAGAGGUUACCCUUACAACGAGGUGUGCCAGUGGUUCAUCGAUCGCGCUGAUCUGAUCUUCCUGGUGUUCGACCCCACCAAGCUGGAUGUGGGCGGAGAGCUGGAGACGCUUUUCAAACUGAUGAAGGGUCGCGAGUCCCAGAUCCGUCUCAUCCUCAACAAGGCCGACAGCCUCUCCACCCAGGACCUGAUGCGGGUCUACGGGGCCCUAUUCUGGAGCAUGGCACCUUUAAUCAAAGUCACCGAGCCCCCUCGGGUUUAUGUCAGCUCCUUCUGGCCCCAGGACUACUCUGCCGACACCAACAGAGAGCUCUUCAUGAGGGAGGAGAUCUCUCUGCUGGAGGACCUCAAUCAGGUGAUCGAGAACCAGAUGGAGAACAAGAUCGCUUUCAUCCGCCAGCAUGGCAUCCGUGUGCGCAUCCAUGCCCUGCUGGUGGACCGCUACCUCCAGACCUACUACGACAAGCUGGGCUGGUUUAGUGACCCCUUCGAGGUGUUCCAAGACAUUGUCAAUGACCCCGACAAGUACUACAUCUUCAAGUCCAUUCUGGCCAAGACCAAUGUCAGCAAGUUCGACCUUCCAGACAAGAACGCCUACCAGGACUUCUUUGGUGUGAACCCCAUCUCCGGCUUCAAGCAGCUCUCCCACCACUGCAGCUGGUCCAGCGGCUGUCUGCUGGAGAAGAUCGAGAGGGCCAUCUCGAACGAGCUGCCUGCCCUGCUCAGCAGCGUCGGCAAGACCGCAGGCACGUCCGCCCCAGCGAAGGCUGCACCAGCAGCACCGCCGCCUCUCCCUGGCACCUGCGAAGGUGCCGGGUGUGAAGAGAAACCCAAGAACCGCUGGAGGAGGCAGUGA